CGACUCUCUGCUCCCUGUUGAGGGUACCCAGGCCCUGGGUCACCUCCACCAGGCCUAGCAAGAGGGCGUUCCACUCUCGCUGACCCGCCAUACUCUCUCAACACACGCCCCUCUGGCGAAAACACAGGGUGGAACUAAGGCUGGGAGCUGGGGCCAACACUGCUAGUGUUUCUCCUGUCAGUGUUGCGUCUCUUGUGAGUUAUGGGGGAUAAACACAAGCAAUCUUCGAAGAAGAUGCUAAACAUGCCCCCAAUCGGCAUCAACUUCACCAAGAAUCAUUGCGAACUCACUAAGCAGAUAAAGAACGCCAUUAGGUUUAGAAAUUAUUACGUGGAUAACCCUGACCCAGACAAAGAUUUUAAGGUGGAGAAACAGCUGUGUCACUUGGAGAUCCCUAUUGCAGGAGAGGUGUCAGACAUCGUUGUUAGCCGACUGCGCAAGUUCUGCUCCAAACACUACUAUACAAUGGACUAUUUUUUUAUAACUACUUCGAUACCGGUGCCAAAAAACUUAGACGCUGAUCUGAAGCUUAUUCGCGAUCUUUACGAGCGCCUUGAUAAGAAACCGGUGGAUGUUCUUUAUCUAGAAAAUCCUGUGGGACUUGAAGGUUCGGAUCCCAAAGGAAUCUUUCAGAGGGCUAGAGAGAACCCAUACACACGGAUGGAAGUCGAGAGGGACAUAUUUAUGCGUGAAGAAUAUUACGGGUCUUUGCUGAUCACUCCUGACAUACUCCAGAACUUGUGGGCAGUCUGGCAGUGGUUGACAGACUACGUCAUAAGAGGAAAGCUGGCCCUUAAUCUCGGACUCAAGAAUUUCUCGCAGCCUCAAAUCGAGAAACUCUUGCAAGAGUGUGAGUGUUUCCCGCGGGUGGUGCAGGUGGAGUUGAACCCCUACUGUCUGAGGGAAGAGCUGCGCCAGAUGUGUGCCCAGCGGAACAUUGUUGUCUGUGCCAUCCACCCCUUUGGUAACCCCCUCUGUGUUCCCAGUGUGUACAAGACAGCUCUUCCGGACAACAGUGUGGUGAAGAAGGUGGCAGACUACUUCGACAUUGACCCCAAGAUAUUGCUCCUCACCUUCCUCUUCUACUCCAAGAUUCCCUUCGUCCUGGAUAACGACAGAAUGAUCGGGAUUGGCUGGAUGUUACAGCACGUCCCGAAUAUUAAGGUGACGGAGUUCCGGAUGAGUUGUCUGGCAAGACUCGGUGAUUUCAACCAAGAUGUGCCGGGAAGACAGGAACUCUCGGAAACACCGUCUGAUGAGGCAAAGGAGAAGAUGGAUCCACUGUGGCCAUUCUGCUUUGUGAAGAGCAAGCACCGUGACGGAUGAAGAGAGCGUACAACACGACCUCAAGACUCAAGGCAUCAAUAUAUCGACUUUUAUGGGACAUAAAUCCAAAAGACGGUUUAGACCAAGGCGUCCAGGAUCCUCGUUUAGUAACAAUCAUAAAACAUACCUUAAAUAGAAGACAAAUAAUAAAUAAAUAAAAGUGUAACUAUAGGAAACCCCACCAAUAACCGAAAUUAUAAAAUACAUCUUUUCUCCCUCGACAAAUUCGAGUUUUAACUUCAGUUUUAACUCGACAGCUUGAAAUAAAGUAACGCGAUGUUCCAAAUGCUAUUCGUGUACUUCAUAAUUUAUAAGCGUAACAUUUGCAUUCUAAACUGUAAAAAGCUGACGAUGUCUGUUAUCUCAAAUACGUAAUUUCUUGGUUUCCAGAAUUGUUUCAACAAUGAAGAGAAGGAAAUGCUAUAGUGUUGCUUCAUUUUCCAUGAUUUUAAUGUCUUUAAAUAAAAUAAGCAAAAGUUAUCGGUG